AUGAACAAGAGAAAAACAAGAAAAUGCAUAGGGUGUUUGGCUGCCGCGCUUGGGGGGUGCUGGGUGAUGGCAGCAGGCGGGCUUACGCCUGAGAAGAGCAGGGCCCCGGGGCCGAAGGGCCGGCCUGGCAAAUACAGCCCACCUACGGGCAAUCUACUCCUGGGUGCUUCUCUAGAAAGCGAAAGAAAGCCCGCAUAUCCCUUCCACAUUCCUACAAGACAGCGCAUGCCAAACGCAGCAAUAGCUUCCAAGCAGUCUAACAGAGCGCCUGCCCUAGCCCAGAAUAUAAAUUCCAUGCAGGAAAUCAUUCGCAAUGCGUUUAAAGGCCUAAAGCAAAACACGUUUUUGGAGUUUAUAGCUAGGCUUGGCGCUGGCAUUGACGUAAAAAAGCGUGCGCUUUUAGAAAUAUACAAAAACCCCCAAAAGUAUCUGUAUCUUAAGGCAGUCGCAGAGUGGGACAUCAGCAUAGUUUUCCAGGCGGUUCGCUUUGCCUUCACACACUCUCCGGAUGCAAACAUUAAAUUAAGAAAAGACACGGCUCGGCCAGAACUCGCUGAAACCUGCGCGCUGAGCAGCGGAGACAUUUUUUUGUUUCUCAAAGACCAGAGAAGUGACGACGCGCUGGUUAUGGAGUGCUGCAUGCAAAAGCUGGGGGUGCUCAAAAGGAUAAAAGCCCUGCCAGCUGCAGUGCGGUCUUUGCUCAGCAUACCCGAAAUAUUUCACGACCUCAAAAGCUUCAGCCAAAGCUUUUUCCUUUCGGCAAGGGCGCAGUGCAAAGACACGGCGGGCGAAAAUCUGCUCUGCGCAGCGAGGGAUAAGAGUUUCGGCCUGCUUUUUAUUAAAAAUUCGGAUCUCAUUAGCGUUGUGGAAGGCCUGGCAGACAUAGCAAAAGCAGUUGCCUGCCCAGAAGAAGCAGGCGGGUCUGAAAAGAAGUACAUAGACGCGCUUGAAAAAACAGAAAAAACUCUAUGCCGCGUGAUGUUUGGCGAGGAGGAAGACUCGCUAGACGCGCAAAAGAAAAAAAACAUACAAAACGUGUAUAGAAUCCUAUACCAGGCCAUGGCAUUGUUCUACGAGCUGUGCCCGUACUAUGGAGAAAAAGCCAAGAUUCAGGGAAAGCAGGUGAUAUUUAUCGAAAAGCACCGCAAAAGUACAUUCAAUGUGUGCAGCCAGACACAGAAGGCCUUCUACAGCAAUGUUAUGCAAUGGGAAACCGAAGCAAGCCAGCUUGGCGAUUACGAAAAAUGCAGCAUUGGGGUAAAGCUGCAUAAUGUGUACUACGUUGACAACGAGGAGCAGGUGCAGAUGUCUGUGAUAGUUCCCAAAACAGCGCAGGGAAUGGCGUGCACAGAAAUAAUAAGAUACAUUUCCGAUAUGUAUGAAAAGCCGAUAGAAAAAAUACAUGUGUUUGGGUUUGACAAAAAUCUCCGCACGUGGUCGUAUAAGGACCCCAGCCGCACAGUGUACUUUGGCGCCGAGAAAAAAAACCCAGAGCUUCUUGUGUUCUACUACAUAUGGGAGACAAACAUGGGCAGGACGCCGGUCGAUCUUGCAAUGGUUGAGUUUAGGCCGGCCCGCAGACAAAACGCGAAAAAAGAAAACACGCUGCAUCUCCCCUUGUUCUUCAACAGGUUUCUGGUCCAGGGCAUAGGCCUCUCCCAGUGUGUGCAGCAGCCUGCUUUCCCGGAAACAGGCCUGUUUUUUUUUGAGAAUUUAGAGCAGGUGAAGGGGGUAAAGGCGAAUGUGUUUUUUUCUGCGUCUAAUAGGCCUGAGCUUUACUACUACCCGCUGCUUUCAAUAGACAUGGAGAACAACAAGAACCACUUGGACAUGCUGCUGGCCAGAAGCCUUACUAGAUCGGCGCCGUGCGCGGACUGCGAAAAAAAAAGCUGGACAACUGUUUCCUACUACACCAAAGCGCACAAGCUCGGGCAGUACUACUGCUCAGAGCUUCUUCCGGACAUGACGGAUGCGUAUGGCACACACAAAGGGUGGACCCUAUAUGGAGACGAGGCAAAAACCGUUGUGGCCGCAUGGGAGGAGGAGCCAGCCCAGAACAGCGUUAUAGUAUCUUCCAAUGGCCAAUAUCUGGUGCCGAAAAGCAUUUACAUUAUUUCGAAUCAAAGUAAAAGCCCGGCGCUGCUGAGCCUGCUCCACAUAGAAAGGUAUUUUUCGCCAAGCAGCAAGUUUCAAAAGUAUGUGAUUCUGCACCCCUCGCGGCGCCUGCAGCUUUUCCAGAUAGGCGUGUACAGUGAUUUGCUUCAGCAUAUGCUGGCAUAA